AUGUUUACUUUAAAACUUUUGAGCGUCUUAUUCGCGCUGAGCUGCUGUGACCAUGCUGCUUCUGAAGUCUGCAGGUGGACAAAGUUCCAGAUGCGACAACUGAACGACCUGAGUAUUCUGAAACUUUCUGAUAUGGGUGGUCAUUUUCCUGUUGAGUGUCUAGGAAAGGAAAAAGUGGCGCGUUUGUUCCCAGAAAACCUGUACAAUUCUAUACGGACAGAGGAUGUGACCGUUGUCGCUCUGAAGACAUUUGAGCACGUGGCUCAGAUUUUCAGCAACAACCUAAACUCCGUUUCCUGGGACACUGAUAAACUGAAGCUCUUCACUAACUACAUAUAUCGUCAGAUUAAGAAACUUAACGGAUGUGUCGGAAAGACAGGCGCCUCACCUGCUCCAGGAGAGGGUGUCUCCGAGGUCAGCGCAUCACUCCAGACAUUGUUUGACCAGCUGAGUGGCAUCCUGAACGAGAAGAAGAACAACGCAUGCGCCUGGGAGACGGUGAGACGGGAAGUCCGUUACAACCUGCUGUCGUUCAAGAAGUUCAUAGAGAGUCAUGAGUGA